AUGCCAACGUUUCGUGAACCUUGCACUCCACUUCAGGGCGAAGAGCAGCCUGAUACUGAGCUACAGAAACAGACAUAUAUAAACCUUAUCCCUCAUAAAAAUCCACAAUCUUCUCUACUUAACGGCAAGAACCUAUCCAACAAAGACUUGUCUCAAGAUACUAUAUCUGCGCUUGCCAAAGGCCCUAACUUCGCAGUGGCACCUAGAAAGAUUCCAAAGGAAGAGAUUAUCAGCCAAAUAGAGUCAACCAUCUACCGACUCCCAUCAGAACAAGCAGAUAAUACCCGCAGACAGGUAACCAAUAUCCUUUUCAAGGCCAAACCCCCUUCACCUAACAUCACUAGACAAGAGCGAUUGGCUCUCCAAGACCUUAACAGGAACACGGACAUCAUCGUGCUUCUAGCCGACAAAGGCAACAUGACAGUAGUCAUGAACACAUCAGACUAUAAGAAAAAGAUGAAGAACCUUCUUUCGGACAAAGCAUACAAAAAGCUUGACAAAGAUCCAACUAAUACAAUCGCACAAAACACCAAGAUCCUAGUGGAGAAAAGCAACAUUCCCAGUAAAACCAAAAACAUUAAAACCUACAAAUCCUCGUCCAUCAAGACUACCAAAAGUACACAAACCAAACAUCCCCCUCAGAUCGAGUGUCAGCGCCAUACACUCUCCGACAUACAACUUAUCCCGCUUCCUGGUACAAAUAUUACAACCCCUUACUGGAAAAUCCGAAUCACACAUAACCAACUCAACGGACUUUAUAAAAAAGAUUCAAAAAAUCUGACUACGUCCCACAGACUUGCUUUCCCCUCCGAUCUCAUCCCACUAAUAGAGCACUGCUUAACAACCACUUACUUCUCCUAUAACAACCAAUUUUAUGAACAAACGUCAGGAGUAGCAAUGGGCUCUCCUAUUUCUCCUGUAAUUACCAACAUCUUCAUGGAGUAUUUUGAAAAAGAGGCUCUCAGGAAAACAUCUAAAAAACCAGAAGUUUGGUUCCGUUAUGUAGACGACACAUUCGUGAUAUGGAGACACGGCAGAGCCGAACUUCGUAAAUUCCUUAUUUUCCUCAACAAUCAACAAAUCCCAAAUAUCCACUUCACUAUAGACAUAGAGGAAAACGGAAAACUCCCCUUCCUAGAUAUUCUUAUCUCUAAGAAAGCUGACGGUACCUUAGGCCAUCAAGUGUAUAGAAAACCAACACACACAGAUAGAUACCUACAUGCCGAAUCGCAUCACCACCCAUUACAGAAACAGUCUGCAAUCAACUCACUUGUACAUAGAGUUUUCUCCAUCUCUGACAAAGAACAUCUACAGACAGAAUUCAACCACUUAAAACUAGCCUUAUAG